GCGUAAAAAUUUACAGUCUCAAAGAUGAAGCUAUUCAUUGUACUUGCUGCUAUUGUUGCUUGCGCCUUCGCUGGCCCUAUUGAAUCCGAGGAUGCAUAUCUCGACGAGGAUGUACCUCUCGCUGAGAAUGGUCUAGCCGCUUUGCUCGCCGAGCACGGUGGAAUGGUCCCAAUGGGAGAAGGUAAUGGUCGCAUUGUAGGCGGUGACGCUGUCAGCAUCAACAACUUCCCAUUCACACUUUCACUGAGACGUCUGGGCAGUCACCGUUGCGGCGCUUCACUCAUCAGAGCAAAUAGAGCAUUGUGCGCUGCUCACUGUACAGUUGGAAUUGGCGGUACUGGUUUCGAACUUCGUGCUGGAUCUACCCAACAUGCCAGCGGUGGUCAAAUCCAGACAUCCACUUCCGUUCUUAACCAUCCAAGUUACAACGCAAAUACUUUGAACAACGACAUCAGUAUCGUUCGCGUAGGAGCCAACUUCAACACCGGUUUAGCUGGCAUUGCUGUUAUUGGUCUACACGCUGCAGGAGCUGGUGUAGCUGCUGGAUCCACUGUUACUGUUGCCGGAUGGGGUGCAACUUGUGAAGGUUGCGCAGGAUCAGCAGGUUUACGUGCUGUGAGCAAACCAGUUGUAGCAAACGCUCAAUGUAACACCAACUAUGGCGGUGGCAUUACUGCCCAAAUGUUGUGCGCUGGAUUCGCUGCUGGUGGCCGUGAUGCUUGCCAAGGAGACUCUGGUGGACCACUCGUCCAAGGAAACACCCUUGUCGGCGUUGUUUCAUGGGGUCGUGGAUGUGCUCGUCCAAAUCUACCAGGAGUCUACGCUCGCGUUGCUUCAUUCACAACCUGGAUUAACAAUAAUGUGUAAAAUCGCUCUAUGAAUGAAAAUAUACGUUUGAAUUGUCCGAAUUGCAUACUGAAAAAUC